CUGAUUUAAUUCUUCAAGUCGAAAUGAGAACAAAUUCAGAAAUGUUAGUUACACCUGAAAGACUUCUAAUAUUAGCUGAAAAAAUUAGCCUUUUAUUUCCAACAGAAGAGCCAGAGUGUUGGUAUAUACCAUACAAGUUAAAUCCAAAAACAAAGAUAAAAACAACAGCUAAAGGACCAUUGCAAAUAAGAUAUGAACACUGGCGUGGUUUUUUAUUAAAUUGUCAAGUAGUUCAAAGUGCAAAAGGUAAAAGAAAAGAAAAAGGCUCAUGUAGUGCUCCAGUACGCUUGGCAUUUUAUGAUAAUUUUGAAAGUAAUUAUUCAUCUGAAGAUUUGGAAAAACUCAAUUUUCUUAAAAACAAUAUUGAUCCUUGGUCCACCAUUCGACAACUUUGGCAAGAAACAUCCAAGCUGAGAAUUAAAUCAUUACUUGACAAUCAGGAUUUAAAAAGUUUUGAAUAUAUAUCUACAUAUCCGAUUCUUACUCAUCCUAAUAAAGGCUUACAAUUGAUUAAAUUGGAUUACCACACUAUCUAUGCAGAUGAAGACAAUACAAAAAUUGCAAGUGAGUUUUUUGGUUUUGAAAAAGAGAUUGUUUUAUAUAUAAAAACCAAGAAAAAAAUUGAAAAGUUUGUUCAAGAUUUACUCAAAAUUAUUGACGAUGCUAAUACACCUGCUGGUGUAAGAAGUACAUUAGUAUUCUGGUUGUUACCAUUAUUUAUAAAAACUUCAGUUACUGGAGAAACUAAAAACUUUCGUGCUAAUAAAUCAAUUGCACAAAAUAACUUUAUUUUGCAUGCAAAGAGUGAAGAACAAUUAAUAAUUGCUUUGAAUGAAAGGAAAAAGUAUCAUGAAGAAAAUAAAAUUCCAAUUCAACCUUUACCAGUAAUUGUAGGAGAAUCAUUGACCAAAAUUGACAAAUAUUAUGUCAUCAUUAACGACAUAAAAUAUGAAGCUAUUUCGACUUUAGACGCGAUUGACUCUGCAUUUAAAAGCUUUUACAGUCUCCAAUUGGAUUUUCCGAAAAUUUCAGAAAAUAUUUGGAUUCUUCUACAACACAGGAUUUAUCGAAUCACUGGUGAGACUGAUAAAAAUAAACCCGAGCUCAAACGUUUGAUUAACCAAAUGAAAUUAUUGGAUUAAUUUAAAAAAACUUUUAUGUUUAUUCAUUCGUUAAAAACAUAUAUAUUGCGUGAUACAUAAAAAAUAAAAAUGCCUCGUUGCUUUAUUUGUAAUAAAGACUAUUCUUUAGUUAGCUUAGAAAAUCAUUUUUUAAAUUACCAUCAUUAUGGUAAUCAUUUAGAAUACAAAUGUGCUGAAUAUACAUGCUUUGAUUCAUUCACAAAUUUCAAUGACUUCAAACAACAUUUAUUAAAAACACAUGUUACGUCAAAUAAGAAAUCUUCAAACUCAAAUUUCCAAGAAAGUACAAGUAGUUCAUCAAUAAUACCUGAGUAUGAAUUGUUUAAAAAAAUUAUAAAUGAAAUAGUGUUAAAGUUAUAUGGAUCUAGUUUUAAUUUUUCUAGAAGUCAAAUUCAAUUCAUUUUUGAAAAUGUACAAACGAUUAUUCAAUCAGGUUUAAAUAUUAUUAAAAAUAAUCUUGAAAAAAAUAUAAAUUCAGAAAAAACUGGAUUACAUUUUUUUUCUGAUGCUAAGUUUUUGUUUGAUAUGUUUCUAGACUC